CCCUUGAUCGGUGAUUCUUUGUGAACAAUGUCAGAUUUGUAUAUUUGCUAGGUUACGACCUUCGAGUGUCGCAAGCUGUCUGUACAUCAACACCAAGAUCAUCAGCAUGCUGCACAUCCGUCAAAAGCGCGCCUCGAAAGGCGUAACAUUUGCGAACCUACAAACACAAGCCUCGAGUAGCAAAUCAGCAUCCGCAUCGGUGACAACGCAACCAGCGACAGCUUCAAAGUCCAAACCCAAGAACCCAAAAUUGAGACAUGCUCACAAUGCCUCUGCGACAACCUCCAAACGCUCAUCACAGCAACCUUCUGCCACACCUGCAAGAAUUAGCAACCGUCAACGGCGACUCGCGUCCCUCUUCAUGGCGCUCAUGGCCUCGAGUCCUCUUCCAAUCGAGACCGAUGCGGAAACACUUGAAGCUGCUCAGAAAGCUAGCAUCGCGCCCAAGGCACAACCCAACCCAACGCACAAACGAAAGGUCACCACGACACGUGUUCAUGAAGUCAGGGCGGGUCGAUGGAAGAGGUUUCGGUUCGAGCUCAGUCUCAAGACCAGGAGGAAGGGCAAAGCGAAGAGGUGGGAGGAGGUUGAAUUGGAUGACAUGGUGGAGCUCAGAGGAGAGGAGAGGAGAAAGCGCGACGAUAUGUCUUGAUACGGCGACACAGAGGGAUGUAAUGAUAUGCGCUGGUCGUUGGUGUCCCAGUUCACAUUGGCUUAUAUUUCGAUAAUCGAACAUCUUCAUGUUUCAUGCCCAGCAGUCGCUACCUGCAGGAUACGCUCUUCCAGCCCGGGCACGUGUAUGCAUUCGAUUCCAUGCUGUUGCAGCUUCGCUAUGCCCUCAUUGGCACCGACAAACUUCUCCGGCUCCUUGACUCCAAGAUAGACCUUCUUAAUCCUCAGUCGACCAUCCGGUCCUUUCGUACGAAUGAGACGAUCUACGCAUGGUAUAUUGCCAACAGAUCUCUUGUUGCAAGGCUCCAUCGUAGUGUAGAUGACCGUAUCUGCUGGCAGUACUUCCCCAACACGCUCCUCAGGCAGACCAUGUGCUUUCGCAAACUUUAUCAGG